GGCAAAAAGGUGACAGGAAAACUAGAAUAGAGACUAGGACUUCAUUUUAGGGAGAGUUUGGGUUUAAUGUUUGUUGUGGCAAAGCAGACAGGUUAAUUUAUGUGUCAAGAGAAUAGCUGUGAUGGCAGAAAGGUGGCCCAGACUUCUGUUCUAUAUCCCUGUGCCACUUGGAUUGGUAGCGGUUACUGGGUUCAAUUGUUGGUUUCCUACAAGUCCCUUUUCUUGUUAAGGCUUCACCUACAAGGACGUUCCUUUGAAACUAUUAGAGCUCAGAGACAACUUGGAGCCAACAUCCCAGCUUCGUGAACUUCAGUUGGGGCAUAGAUUCCAGGUUUGCUCCUUUUCUCUCCUUUUCUCCUCCCCCUCCCUUCUCCCUCUCCCCUCUCCCUCUCUCUCUCUUCCCCCUCCCUUUCCCUCUCCCUCUUCUUUCUCUCAGCUCCCUAACAUUAAAGAGAAAAUGCUGCUAUCAGUGACUUCCAGGCCUGGGAUUCCGACUUUUGGCUAUAACAAGAACAACAAGAAGCCAUAUGUGUCAUUGGCUCAGCAGAUGGCCCCACCUAGUCCAAGCAACAGUACCCCUAGCAGCAGCAGUGGAAGCAAUGGAAAUGACCAGCUGAGCAAAACCAACCUGUACAUCCGGGGAUUGCAGCCAGGCACUACUGACCAGGACCUCGUCAAGCUGUGUCAGCCAUAUGGCAAGAUUGUCUCCACUAAGGCCAUACUGGACAAGGCAACCAACAAGUGCAAAGGCUAUGGCUUUGUGGACUUUGACAGUCCUUCAGCAGCACAGAAAGCUGUAACGGCCCUGAAAGCCAGCGGUGUACAGGCACAGAUGGCAAAGCAACAGGAGCAGGACCCCACAAAUUUAUACAUCUCAAACCUUCCAUUAUCAAUGGAUGAGCAAGAACUGGAGGGGAUGCUGAAGCCCUUUGGCCAGGUUAUCUCCACCCGAAUCCUUCGAGACAUCAGUGGGACCAGCAGAGGGGUUGGCUUUGCAAGGAUGGAGUCCACAGAGAAGUGUGAAGCCAUCAUCACCCACUUUAAUGGAAAAUAUAUUAAGACACCCCCUGGAGUACCAGCCCCAUCUGAUCCCUUGCUUUGCAAAUUUGCUGAUGGUGGGCCAAAGAAACGACAGAAUCAAGGAAAAUUUGUACAAAAUGGACGGGCCUGGCCAAGGAAUGGAGACAUGGGUGGUAUGGCCUUGACCUAUGACCCCACCACAGCUCUUCAGAACGGGUUUUACCCAGCCCCUUAUAGCAUCACCCCCAACAGGAUGCUUGCUCAGUCUGCACUGUCCCCGUAUCUUCCAUCUCCUGUGUCUUCAUAUCAGAGAGUGACUCAGACAUCUCCUCUACAAGUACCUAACCCGGCUUGGAUGCACCACCAGUCAUACCUCAUGCAGCCUUCAGUGAGUGUUCAGGGAUCAGUUCUGACACCAGGGGUGGAUCACCCUAUUUCUCUCCAGCCUGCGUCCAUGAUGGGACCCCUCACCCAGCAACUGGGCCACCUCUCCCUCAGUAGCACGGGCACGUAUAUGCCGCCAGCUGCAGCUAUGCAAGGAGCUUACAUUUCCCAGUACACCCCUGUGCCUUCUUCCAGUGUUUCAGUUGAGGAGAGCAGCGGCCAGCAGAAUCAAGUGACGGUGGACACUUCCUCAGACCAUGGGGUCUAUUCUUUCCAGUUCAACAAGUAACAGUGGCAAAGUCUGCCUGCUUCGCCUUUUUACAGUUUUUAAUUUUGUCAAUUUCUUUUUUGAAUGAAAUUUCAUAAGGAAUUUUUUGGGGACUGGGCAAGGAACAAGGUAGAACAUUAAACAGGCAAUGUGGAACUGGCUUUUCCUCCCUCUGCCCUGCUACAUCCCGGAGAAAAGACUAGACUUUGGCUUCAGGAAGUUGAGAUGUGAUGUAGGCUCAUUAAACAGACAAAACCACAGUCUUUGGAAGCCACCUCUGAGUCAAAUUUGGAUGAAGAUUAGGUCUUCCUUGGCAAGUUCCAGAAGGAUGAACUUAAUGACUUCUAACUCUUCUCACUGCUGGGGCCAACACCAUCUGAGGAAGUGUCUUUCCCAGCUGUAGGAAAUAACCUGCUUUCCUGCCUCCUGGAGGAUUUUCUUUUCUGCCUGGGUCCCCUGGCCGGUCUCUUCCCAUUGCACAUUUCUGUGCUCAGAGCCUUCAAAGCUGUGACCUUGCUGAAUCCUCUUUGGUUCCUUCCCACUGUGAAAGGACAGUGGCGUCACCUAGAGACUAGUGUUUCUCAGCUGGGGGCAGUUUUGUCCCCCAGAGACAUUUGGCAAUAUCUGAAGACGUUUUUGAUUGUCACACCUCGGGGAGUGCUACUGGGGUCUAGUGGGUAGAGAUGCUUCUAAAUGUCCUACCGUGUACAGGAUGGCCCCCUCCACACGCAACAAAGAAUUAUCUGGUCCAAAAGAUAUCAGUAGUGCUGAGGUUGAGAAACCUUGGUAUAGACAGUGUUGUCUCUGCCUCCAUAGGACUGUAAGACUUGGUAGAUUCCCCACCCCCACCCUGGACACACAGUGCCUUUUGACACUCAUGCAACUAGUUGGAGAGACAGAACUGGGGUCCUUGAAUUCUCCCCAGGCUUUGACUUUGACACCUCUGCAUAUAGCAAGAGCUGACUUUUAAAGGCUUUUGGCCAUGUGCGUACCUGCCCCAGGCUACUCUGUGCCUGUGCUGUGCAGAGGUGGGAAAGGACAAAGCUCUCUGUAACUGUCCCGAGUGACCUGCCCUGUCCUGGUGUGUGAGUUCCUUUCCCAGGGAGUCAGGGCAUCAGAAAUAAUUUUCCUUCUUGUGGAAGGACAACAGGGAGCUAGGAUAGAAAAGGGCAAUAAAUCCCAUCUGAUUAUUUGCAAGGUCCUUAAAAAAAGCCUGUAUCUUGCUCUUAACUUGGUCUCCUUCUGCAAGACCUGACUAUGCACGUGGAGACAGAUGGGUAGAAAGCCUUUGCUUUCUAGGAGAUAUGAUCCCGCACCUGUCUUCCCCCAGUAAUUUCCUUACCCACUGAAAGAGGAAUUCUCUGGCCUUCACUUUGAGGUCAGGUGCCUUUCCACCAGACAAUCAGGAUAGAAAGCCAAAUGCUGGCAAAUGGAGAAACAGGUGUUCAUUAGGCCAGCUGCAUGGAGAGGAAGGAGAUGGUAGAGGGAAAAGUAGCUGUAGUAUCAGUCAUUGGUUUUAGAACUUGGGCCCAGCAUUCCCUCCCCUACCACCCACACCAGACUCGAAGAGUCCCAGUGCUUGCUACCCCUAGACUGUCCCUUUGUAUGUUCUAGGGGUAAGGGAUUGGGAGACAGUGGAUAGGAUAUAAAGUAAAUGACAAAAUUGCCACUAUUAAGUUUCUUAUGGGUGCUUCUAACCUCAGGAUGGGCUUAUCCAAUGGAAAACAGCCCCAAGCCCAGUAACCUUCCAGAAGGGUUUGGCUGGGCAGGUAGCUCUUACUCCUGAGUCCCCAUUCCUCAGUCUUUAGUUGCUGAUAGGAGGUUUAGUGCCGUGGGGGCCUUUCACAUAUAGAAACUGCUGUUGUUACUGCUGCCCCCUGCUCUGCCACCUACUUUCUCUGUAUUUAAAAAAUGUUCAAAUGGCCAUGAAUUUUGUUUUUGUUUUAAAUUCUGAAGUUACUGUUUGUGUGUUCUCCUCAUGUGAUUCUUUUUGUUGGAUCCUAUUAAUGUUUAUGGUUUGGGCAGGUCUGGGCACGGGCUGGGGAGCCUGAAGUUAUUUUUGAUGCUUUAGGGUUACACUCAUAAUGUAUUUUUUCCCUUGUUGUUAGUUCUUUUCUAACAGCGGAUUGGUGAUUAGAGAAAGGAGGGAGAAGGAUCGAGGCCUACUUUUUCUUCCAUGAAAUAGCCUAUUGGUGGGGGUGGCAAUAGGCUCAGGACUCAAGAAUUGUAGAGGAGCCUUCCAGCUCCACAGCCUUGAAUUGGGCCUUUAAACACUAUUCCUCUUUGUCAGGGUUGGAGGAUACCACAGUUAGAGUAUCUUCUACCUAGUGUUUUCUGAAUCUUGUCUUCAUGGGACCCAGAUCAUAUACUCCCUGCACUUCACAUCCCACCCCCACCCAUUAUGGAUUACAGCAUAAUCUUUUAGUAAUUUGUGUUCUUCUGUUUUCAGUUAAGUAGAUCAGACCAGAAUCCCAUCCUCUCUAGGCUCAGAGUCUGCCAAUCCCAUCUCAUGCCAUGUUAUUAGUGUUCCCCUCAGGCGCUAAGAUGACCCUAGAGCUGACUGGGCUCUGUGGAGGGGGCUGUGUGUAGAGGUUAGGGAGGAUGUGGCCAUGAUGGGGGUGGUGGUGGUGGUGGUGGUGGUGGUGGAUUCUUUUCAGAGUCUUUUAAACCAAAGAAGAAUUCAAAGAGCUGCCCAGGAAGCCUGAUGGCUCCUGAGAGGUAAUAGCCCAUCAGUGAAUUCAUUUACUUCCCUUGGUGUCUCCAAUGCUCACUCCCUGCUGCUCCAAUGUCAACCCACUGGACCCUUUGAUGGAUAGGUUGUUCCUUAGCACCAUAAAGGUGCAGUGAGGAGCCUUGAUGAAAUGUUGCGGGAUCCCAGACAGUGGCUACUAGACUUCUAGAAAAAGAACCACCGCUGCUGUCUAGUCCAAGUGCCCCACCUUCUGGGAGAAUGGCAGCAUUGCACUCAAGAGGGGCUACUUUGUCUUCCCAACCAAAGGCAAUAAACUUCCAAACUUGCCCCCAGGCUCUGCCAGCAGGCUUCUAAGAGGGGCAGGUGUUAGCAAAACCAGCCAGUAAGGGGGUAGGGUAGAGCUUAAAUUUUGUGCCUUGUCACACUGAUUCUUCCUGAUUACCUCUUCCAAAAACCAGCUACUCUGCCUGUUUCUGUGCUACCUGCACUUUAGGUCCUUCCAAGCAUUAACAGAGCCCUAAAAUUCACUCCCAGUUUUUAUCCCUGCCCUCCCUACAAAUCUUCCUUCAGCAGCUAAGACCAGCCUAUGCUGGUCUUUGAUGAAUUUUCCUGCCCCUCCUUAGGGGUGGUUCCCACCUGACUGUAGUAUUCAGAAGCUAGGCAUCCUCUUACCCUAGUUAUUACUGCUCUUACUGCCUGGCCUGUCCACAUCUAUUCUCCAAGCACAUCCCCAAACUUCUUUGUCCUUGUUACACAUCUACCUCACAAUCUCACAGUUCAACAAGGGCACAAGGCGUCUGGUCUAUCUUUCCUUUAUUCUGUCCUUCUCUUUGAGAGGGUUGGGAAGCUCCACCUUAUCAUCCAGGUAGUAAUUUAGACUAUUUGCCCAAAGCUUCCAGCCUGGAGGGUGUUGAGGCUUCCCAGCUGAACUAAGUCCUCACCCCAAUACACAGCUUUUUUGGUCUUUUGGGGUGGGUGAAUGCUCACUUGCAUGCAUUUAUCACCUGGGACAGGAAAUAAGUUUAAUUUACAAACUCGGACACGUUUGUAUUUCCUCAUUCAGAGGUUUACUCCUCCUAUGUCUAUAACAAUACCAUUCUUCCAGCUUAUUCUUCCUCUUCUGACCCUUGGUCUUCCCAUAUUUCUUCCCUAUAAUUUGGUAGCGCUCCGUUUUGUCUUAUUUCAACUUUUGUUUUGAAAUAAAACACAAAAGUCUGUU